CGGGGCGGGCGAGGGCGGGGCGCGGUCGGACGGACGCCGGGGCGGCGGCCGCGUCGGUGGGGCCGGCGGGUGGCGGCGGCGCGAUGCUGCAGUUGCGGGACACGGUGGACUCGGCGGGCACAAGCCCCACGGCGCUGCUGGCGGCCGGCGAGGAUGCGGGAGCGGGCCGGCCGGGGACGAGCACGCCGCUGCGCCAGACGCUGUGGCCGCUGAGCGUCCACGACCCGACACGCCGCGCCCGCGUCAAGGAGUACUUCGUGUUCCGGCCCGGCACCAUCGAGCAGGCGGUGGAGGAGAUCCGCGCCGUCGUGCGACCCGUGGAGGACGGCGAGAUCCAGGGGGUGUGGCUGCUGACCGAGGUGGACCACUGGAACAACGAGAAGGAGAGGCUGGUGCUGGUCACCGAUCAGUCACUGCUCAUCUGCAAGUAUGACUUCAUCAGCCUUCAGUGCCAGCAGGUGGUCAGGGUGGCGCUCAGCGCGGUGGACACCAUCUCCUGUGGAGAGUUCCAGUUCCCUCCGAAGUCGCUCAACAAGCGAGAAGGCUUUGGGGUUCGCAUUCAGUGGGACAAGCAGAGCCGCCCUUCUUUCAUCAACAGAUGGAACCCCUGGUCCACAAAUAUGCCCUAUGCUACCUUCAUAGAACACCCGAUGGCUGGCAUGGACGAGAAGACUGCGUCUCUGUGCCAUUUGGAAAGCUUCAAGGCUCUCCUGAUCCAAGCUGUCAAGAAAGCCCAGAAGGAAAGCCCACUGCCAGGACAGGCGAAUAGCGUGCUGGUGCUGGAGCGUCCACUCCUCAUCGAGACCUACGUGGGGCUCAUGUCCUUCAUUAACAAUGAAGCCAAGCUGGGUUACUCCAUGACCAGGGGCAAGAUAGGCUUCUAGUCUUCGUGGAGGGACGCAGUGUGCCACCUCAAGCUACCCACUGCGGUUGGAGAGAACACAGGCAUGGUCCCUUUAGGUGCCUGAUUAGAAUAGUCAAGCGAAUUAUAUAUAUAUAUUUAGUUGGAUAUUGGACACCUUGGCAACAUGAUAUAUGAAGGCAGAAAUACUGGCUGUCCCUAUGCCACCGUGUUCCUUCCAUAACUCCACAUAAAUGUUUUCUCCAGUGUCCCUGCUGGGCUUGUUCUUCCUGCUCUGCCUCUCCAGCAUGCUGAGCAGAAUGUGCCCGCCCACUUCUGCUGAACACAAACUGUUGGACACUGGGCGGAGCAGAGUGACCCGUGCCUGCACUGCUGAUGCACUUGCAUUACCCCCUUGCCCCCCCCCCACUGCCCUUCAAGUUUUGUAUUUUGAAAUUCAGCCCGUUUUUUAAAAGCUAAAUACAAUAGCAGUCAGCAGACCAGUUACAAGAAAGACAGCCUGCCUGGCCACUCCUAGCGAAACUGCUCUUCCGUGAAUAUGUUUGACCUGAAGUCACACUUUGCAAACUAAUCCAACUUGUGUUAAUACAGCAGUUUUCCUAGGCCCAGGGACAGUCAGUCUCAUGACAUAAUCCAGGCCCUUCUGGAAGUCAUGGUGGUGGGUUUUUAUCAUCCUGUCUCUGUUUAAAAGGGACUGAGUGGUUUGGUUUAAAAAGUGCAUGUUUAUAAUAAGCAGACCAGCCUGCAUCCCCCUGGCCCCAGAUGCCAUCAGCCCCACCGAGCUUUGCUGAGCUUCACCACGCCAGCCACACACGGUUUCCCCUGUGGCUCUAGCACCUGUCAGUACACUGUAGAUGCUGGCCUGUCAUUCGAUACCUCUGCUGCAGCUUUAAGUUAACCAUGGAUGUGACCAGAAUGACCUCAGAUGCAUCUGGUCUUUGUCCUCUGCUUUUGGUCUUGUAGUAAAGAUGCUGAAAACCAAAUGAAGUCGCUCCUUU